AUGUUGCGCCCAUCAGCUGCACGCCCGCUGGCUCGGCGCAUCCCCGCUACCGUCGCCCGGAGCCAGCGGAGGACCUUCAUCGUACGGGCUCGUAAAGACGCCGACCGCCGCGGGGCCCUCGAUACAUUGAACGUCGAGCGACUCUCGCAGGAGUCUCACGACUACCAUCGCACACGUCGAAACUUCCUCGCCGCCGGUGCCGUCGCCGGGAUUGUGUCCUUUGUCUACACUGCGUGGAAGUUGAAGCAGGCCAUCUCGAACAAUGCUACGAAGCUCGACUCGCCGUUGUCGCCGACGGACCCCCUGCAUGAUGGCAACAGGAAGGUUGUUGUCCAUGACGAAGAAGGGAACGAGAUCGUCCGCACCGGCAACAGUACCGUUCCCGAGCUCCCACGGACUAUCACUCUGCCGGACCGAUCGGAACCGCCCGCCGUCCAAGACUCGAUGCCGAGCGUGACAUCGCCGACCCUGGUUGUGCCGCCGCACUCGGGCGACUCCGAGACCGAAUACACCCUUGUCGGGUUUGGCGUUCGCACCGUGUCUUUCCUGUCGAUACAAGUGUACGUGGUGGGCUACUACAUUGCGACGUCCGACAUUGCAGAGCUGCAAGCCCGCCUGGUCAAGAAGAUCAACCCCAUCGCAUCCACGCUGGUCUCGACCGAGAAGGACCAACUGCGCGAGAAACUGAUAGACGCUGCCGAGAGCGAGGAGAUCUGGAACGAGCUGCUGGCAUCCGGUGUCCCGGCGCGCAGUGUCUUUAGGGUUGUGCCUGUUCGGGAUACGGACUUCCACCACCUGCGUGACGGCUUCGUGCGUGCUAUACAGGCAAAUGCCGACAAGGUCCAGGAUGACCAGUUUGGCGAGGCUAUGCGCCAGUUCAGACACAUCUUCAACCGAGGCAAGGUACCCAAGCGGAAGCAGCUCCUCCUCGCUCGGGACAGGGACGGCAGCCUGGCAGUGCUAUAUGACGAGGGUGGCAAGAAGGGAAGCAAGCACCUCAUAGGCUCGGUCAGUGACGAGAGAGUGUCGAGGGCCCUGUGGCUGAACUACCUUGCCGGCAAAAAGGUUGCCAGUGAGCCAGCUAGGAAGAGCAUCGUUGAGGGGAUCAUGGAGUUCGUGGAGAGGCCGGUGGGUACUGUUGCUGCCCAGGUUGUCUAG